GUGCAGAUUUUUCACUGAAAACGGCGGAAUUUAACCCGCAUUCGGGAUGAGUCGGCGGCUGGCCAAGUUGCACAAGCCGUGCGACAAGCUGGACAAGUACGACAACGAGCCGUACAUGCAGAAUCCGCUGCUGAACCUGUUCCUGUCCGAGGUGAAGGAGCGCCGCCAUUACACGUUCAUCCAGCGGAAGGCGGCGGCGGAAAAGGUCAAAAUCUGCCGCCGCAAAACCGAAGACCUGGACGAUGUGAUUCCCAAGCCCGAGUCGUACUACGCGGACCAGCUGCGCGAGCAUGCGCGCCGCGCCCCCGUGCCCAAGAUGCUGGCCAAAACCGAGGACAAGAUCCUGUCGUACGUGCCGAAACGGCUGCGCCAGCAGUACCCGCAGGUCCUCAAGGCGUACAUGGCCGACGUGCACGAGGACUUUGACAAAGUCAUGAAGGCGUUCAGCUGCCAGAAGAUCUUCAAACCCGGCCCCGACGACUAUGUUCCACCGAGGGAGAAGUUUGAGUUUAAACGGCUCGGCCGGACGGCCAACUAUAAGAACUUUCUGAAACACCGAGCGAGCAUCCAGAAAAAUCUGCUGAUACCGCAUCCGUUCAUUCGGUGUAUUAUCCACUAUUCAUACACAGACUUUCCGGCUGUACUGAACGACUACACGCAGUACCGGAUGAAGGAGGAGAUAACCCUGAAUGAGCUUCGCGAUAUGGCCAAGAAGGAACUCCAGGGAUGCAAUAACUUCAUCGCGCAGGAAUGGUACCCGAAGGUCACGCGGAUCCUGAAGAAACACUACGAACGUCGGACACUUCCAAAGUCCAUGUGGCCCAAGGUUAUCAGCUGUGCGUCCAACCUGAUCAACCGCCAGCUAACUGAACUGAAGUUACGCACCAUCGAUCAUCUGCGGGCGACGGUUCUAAACGUGCACAAGAUCCCCCAGAUGAAGAUCAUCACCAUCUGUGACGACGGACUCGAUCUGUUCCCAAGUCUGAACGACAUCUUCAGCGUUUACCAGAACGCGAUCGAGGACAUUGCCGGUGUUGGUUCGCGCUUAGAACCGCUGGAGAACAUGAUCGAUGCACAGGCCUUCCCCGCCAAAACCGGCUUCAUGAAGGUCAGCGUCGGUGAAAUCACGCUACAGGAAGCGCACGACGCACUGCAGGUUGCUCUGGAGCAAACGUUCGAACCACUCGCCACCUACCUGCGGGACUUCCAAGAGCAGUUUGCCGGGUUGAUCAGCAAGGAAACGCGCGACGAUCUGGACGAGUUUCUCAGCGAGUCCCGAUCGUUCGAGGAAUACCUGGAAAAGAUCGAGCAGUUCCAGGCGUACCAGAGCAAGAUCAAAAACCUCGUGAUGAAGGAGUACUUCUACGUGGCCAUCGUGAACCAAUCGGACGCGAUAGGCGGACUGCGCAAAAUCGUUCGCGAAUACAUCGAGCGUAUCGCGUCCCACAUUGCGGUGGAACAUAGGCGAGAGGGGCAGCGGAUUUGCAAGGAGUUUGAAGAGAUCAAGGACCGUGCGUUGGAGAUACCAACCUCAACGGAGCAGCUGAUGGCGAACGGCGAGUACAUGACCCGCGCGAAAACGGAAGUGAUCGAGGAGCUGAGGGAGAAGAUUCAGGCUUCGGUUAGGAUUGGAACCUACCUCCUGGAGCUGAUCGAGCUGCCGCCCGACCAGAUGGACGUCCAAAUGGAGAGUGUCAACUGGUACUUCCGCAUUCCGGCGGUCUUCGACGUGAACUCGACCAACUUUGAAGCGUACAAGUUCCAGUUCGAGGAGAAGCUCCAGGAUGUCACGAAGCAGCUGAACGAGAAGAUGGAGGAGAUGAUUCCGAAAAUUGCCAUCAUCAACGAUAUGACCGAGACGGAAAAGUUCCGCGAUUACGUGAUCCUGCUGCAGGGUUACAUCGAUCAGAUAUUCGUGUUUGAGGAUUACGUCAAGUGGAUCAACAAGGAGGAGGUGCUGUUCAAGUUUCCCAAGUCGCAGUAUCCGGUGCUGGAGGCGAUCAAGACUUUCAUCGUGCCGUUUUACAAACUGAUAAGACUGUGCAUGCGCUGGCUACGCUACUACAACGUCUGGAUGGACGGUCCGUUUGAGUAUCUGGAGCCACACUUUGUCGAGUCCAAGACGGAAGAGUUUCUGAAAGAGUUUCAGAAAACUCAAAAGUACUAUCGUAAUCGCAUCAAGGCGGACAUGCUCGAGAAUACGCUGUGCAAAUUCAAAGGACAAACGGAAGAUCCCGACCCGGAGAAGCACCCGUGUCCGCUGAAGCUGUGCGCUCGGAUGACCCAAUCCAUCAAGGACUUCCACCUGGGAGUGUACAUCGUAAACAUUAUGUGCAACCCCGCCCUUAAAGAUCGUCACUGGGACGAAAUGUCCGAAAUAGCAGGAUUUGAUCUCACCCCGGAUGCGGGAACCACCCUACGGAAGAUCAUCAACUACAAGCUGGAGCAUGAUUUGGACAAGUUCGAGAUCAUCAGCAUCGGUGCGAACAAAGAACUGCAACUGCAACAGAAUCUCGCUUCCAUGAUUAAAGAGUGGGAGUCGAUCGAAUUCAAGCUCAACCCGUUCAAGGACACCGGAAUCAACAUACUGUCCGGGCUGGACGAGAUCCAAUCUGUGCUGGACGAUCACAUCCUGAAGACGCUUGCGAUGAGAGGAUCGGCGUUUGUGAAACCUUGCGAGAAAGAGGUGAAGGAGUGGUACAAAACUCUAACCCGGGUGAACAAAACGAUCGAGCAGUGGGGAAAGGUUCAGAGCACCUGGCUGUAUCUGCUGCCGAUCUUCUCGUCCGCGGACAUUGUAGCGCAGAUGCCGAACGAGGGACGUAUGUUCCAGCAGGUCGACAAGACGUACCGGAUGUACAUGAAAAUUGUCGAGGCAAACCGGUCGGUCAUGAACGUGGCAGCAGCCAAAGGUGUCCAGGAAGCGCUGGAGCAAUCCAACGAGCUGAUGGAAGAGAUUACCAACGGAGUAAACGAAUAUCUGGAGAAGAAGCGACUGUACUUUCCGAGAUUCUUCUUUCUCUCCAAUGACGAAAUGUUGGAAAUUUUGUCGGAGACGAAAGAUCCUCUCCGUGUUCAGCCACACUUGAGCAAAUGCUUCGAAGGUAUCAACCGGCUUGAGUUUGACAAAGCGCUGGAUAUCCGGUCAAUGUUCAGCAUCGAAAAGGAGCAGGUUCAGUUUGUUGAGAAGGUGUCGACCACCGAAGCUCGCGGCAGCGUCGAAAAGUGGCUACUCCGCGUAGAAGAAGAAAUGUUGAAAGCCGUCAUGCACCAGAUCAACGCGAGUUACGAGUCGUACAAGGAGAAACCGCGCGACUCGUGGGUGCUGGAUUGGCCCGGAAUGGUUGUUCUGUGCGUGUCGCAGAUUUACUGGGCAGCAAACAUUCACGCGUGCUUGGGAAGAAAGGAGGAAGCUCUUAUGGAGUACCACAAGCAGCUCCAGAGCGAAUUGAUGGACGUUGUGAAGUUAAUCCGAUCCAAGGAAAUCACAAAUUUAGACCGAAUCACCAUCAAAGCGUUGAUCGUAAUCGACGUGCACGGGAAGGACGUCGUUGAUGAUCUGAUCAAGCAGCAGUGCUUCCACUCGGAAAACGACUUUCAAUGGUUGGCGCAGCUGCGUUACUACUGGAGCGCCGAAGAGGUGACCGUCAAGAUCAUCAACGCGUCCGUGAGGUUUGCCUGUGAGUAUCUUGGCAAUUCGGAUCGACUGGUCAUCACGCCGUUGACGGAUCGCUGCUACCGCACGCUGAUGGGAGCUUACCAGCUGCACUUGAACGGGGCCCCGGAAGGUCCGGCCGGAACGGGCAAGACGGAAACGACCAAAGAUCUGGCGAAGGCCCUCGCCGUACAGUGCAAAGUGUUCAACUGUUCCGACGGGCUGGAUUACAAAGCCAUGGGCAAAUUCUUCAAGGGUUUGGCAUCCUCGGGCGCUUGGGCAUGCUUCGACGAAUUCAACCGGAUCGAGCUGGAAGUGCUCUCGGUAGUUGCCCAGCAGAUUCUCUGCAUCAUCGUUGCCGUUCGAGCUGGCGUGCAGAAGUUCAUAUUCGAAGGUACCGAGCUGACGUUGAACCCGGCUUGUUACGUGUGUAUUACGAUGAACCCUGGCUACGCGGGACGUUCCGAGCUUCCGGAUAAUCUCAAAGUGCUGUUCCGUACCGUAGCAAUGAUGGUUCCGGACUACGCAAUGAUUGGAGAGAUUUCCCUGUACUCGUUUGGAUUCACCAAUGCACGUUCGCUAGCGGUGAAAAUCGUGACCACCUAUCGACUCUGCUCGGAACAGCUGUCAUCCCAGAACCACUACGAUUAUGGAAUGCGUGCCGUCAAGACGGUUCUGCAAGCAUGUGGUAACUUGAAAAAGUCUUUUCCCGACGAAGACGAAGAAAUCCUCCUGCUCCGAUCGCUGAUCGACGUAAACCUCCCGAAAUUCCUCCGUAAAGAUGUUCCUCUGUUUGAGGGAAUCAUCUCCGACUUGUUCCCGGGAGUAGAUCUUCCCCAAGCCGAUUAUACACUGCUCACCAAUGCGUUCAACGACGUUUGCCGGGACCUGAAACUUCAGCCCAAGGACAGCUUCCUAACCAAGGUAAUUCAGACGUACGAGAUGAUGAUUGUGCGACACGGUUUCAUGAUGGUCGGACAUCCCUUUUCCGGCAAGUCUAUGACGCUGAAGGUGCUUGCGGAGUGCCUGACGAAGCUACGCGGAAAGAGCGAUAAUCCGUACUUCCAAAAAGUACGUUACGACGUGGUAAAUCCAAAGGCAAUUACAAUGGGUCAGCUUUACGGGGCGUUUGACCCCAUUAGUUACGAGUGGACCGACGGUAUUUCGUCCACUAUCUUCAGAGGUUUCGCCAUUGACGCCACCCUAGACCGGAAGUGGUUGAUCUUCGACGGACCCGUCGAUGCCGUGUGGAUCGAGAACAUGAACACCGUGCUGGACGACAACAAGAAGCUGUGCCUGACGUCGGGAGAGGUGAUCACGAUGACCGGUGAGAUGACGAUGAUAUUCGAGGUCCAGGACCUGGAGCAAGCCUCGCCGGCGACCGUUUCGCGAUGUGGAAUGAUUUUCAUGGAACCGUCUGUCAUUGGUUGGGAAGCGUUCGUCAAGUCGUGGAUCCAGCGGUGCAACAAGCAGUGGACAACGGAUUGGGAGGACUUUCUGCUGGAGAUCUUCCGCUGGGUGGUUCCGGACUGUUUGACCUUUCUGCGGCGGCAGUGCAAGCAGUAUCUGUAUCCGGGGGACAUCAGCCUGCUGACGUGUACGAUGAACAUCUUUCAAAUGAUCAUCGACGAAGCGGUCCACGAGAGCCCGGACGAGUUCGGCAAGUUUCUGUUCACCUGGUUCCAGGCGGCUCUGAUGUACUCGGUUGUGUGGGGCUUGGCCGGGCUUCUGGACAUGGAAUCGAAGGUCAAGUUUGACGAGUUUUAUCGAGAGAUUUGGAAGGGGGCCGACGGAGGUCAUCCAGUGCCGGAAGCGAUGGGGAAGAUUGACGUAUCGAUGCCAGGUGAGGGAAUGAUCAUGGAUUACGUGUACCACUUUAAGCAGAAGGGAAGCUGGCGGUACUAUCCGGACAUGGUUCGGCAAAUGAAAAAUGAAGUCGGUAUAACGCUGCUAGUUCCAACGCUGGAUUCGGUUCGUUACAUGCACAUUAUUGAUAUCCACGUAAAGAACAAGAAACCCCUUCUAAUGGUGGGUCCAACCGGUACAGGAAAGACAUACUACUUCCAGAACUACCUGAUGAGCAAAAUGGAUCAGGUCACCUUCCUCCCGACCCUGAUCACGUUCACGUCACAAAUCACCGCAAAUCAAACGCAAGAGCUGAUCAUAUCUAAACUCAUCAAGAAGAAACGAGGACAGUACGGCCCACCGGACAACAAAACGGCGGUUCUAUUCCUGGACGAUAUGAACAUGCCAGCGAAGGAAAUCUACGGAGCCCAACCGCCGAUCGAGCUGAUCCGGCAGUACUUUGACUACUCCCACUGGUAUGACCUGAAGGAUGCAUCCAAGCUGUACCUGCAGAAAAUCCUGGUCAUGGCAGCGUGCGGACUUCCAGGCGGAAGUCGUCAGAACGUGUACGAACGCUUCCUGUGUCACUUUGACUGCUUUGCCAUCAGCAACUUUAACGAUGAAACCAUGUUCAAGAUCUUCACCAACGUCCUGCUGGACGGGUAUAAGAAGGGCGGUCACGCAACGGACGUUACCACCAUGGUGAACAUGAUCGUGAACGCAACCCUGGAUACCUACCAGUUUGCCUGCGCCAAGUUGCUACCAACUCCGGCCAAAUCCCACUACAUCUUCAACCUGCGAGACGUAUCCCGAGUGAUAAGCGGUUGCUCGAUGCUCAAGCGAGAAUCGGUGGAAAGCAAGAAGAUAUUCCCGCGGCUUUGGAUGCACGAAGCGAUGCGAGUGUUCUUCGAUCGGCUGGUUGACGACAAGGAUCGUCUGUUUGUGUUUGACCACUUGAACCAGAACUUGAAAACGUUCUUCAAGGAGAAGCCGGAGCAACUGCUGCCGGACUUUUUCAACGAGCAUACGGGAGUGGUCAAGUUGGGAAGCUUGAACAAUCUCAUGUUUGGCAGUUACUUUGACGUGGACGCCGAACCCGAGGAUCGAAAGUACGAGGAAACGGUCCACGUGGAGCAGUUCAGAGACCUGGCGAAUCGCGAUUUGGCUGAAUACAACAGCACGCACAAGGCUAAGAUGGACAUUGUGCUGUUCCAGUAUGCGUUGCAGCACUUGAACAAGAUAUGUCGGAUAAUGUCGAUGCCGGGUGGAAGCUGCAUGCUUGUGGGGAUGGGCGGUUCCGGUAGGCAAUCCCUAACCAAACUGGCAGCUCAAAUCUGCGGACAGUCGCUGUUUCAACCGGAGAUCACCAAAUACUACGGACUAAACGAGUGGAGAGAAGAUCUGAAGAAGGUGCUGAAGGAAGCUGGCGGAAUGGGUCGUGACACCGUCUUCUUGCUGACGGAAGCUCAACUAAAGGAGGAAAUAUUCCUCCAAGAUAUCGACUGCUUGCUGAACAUUGGUGAAGUACCCAACAUCUACCCGGUGGAUGAAAAGCAAGAAAUUCUAGAGAUGGUACGACUGGCAGCUCAAGGUGGAAACCGCAACCUGGACAUUAGUCCGCUGGAGGUGUUCCAGUUCUUCGUGAACCGAUGCAAGCAAAAGCUGCACAUCGUAAUCUGCUUCAGUCCUAUCGGAUCCGCCCUAAGAACCCGAAUCCGUUUGUACCCUUCGCUGGUCAAUUGCUGUACAAUCGACUGGUUCGAUGCCUGGCCAGAGGAUGCACUGGAAAAGGUAGCGGAGAUGUACAUGAAGGAACUCGACGUUGAACCAUCCGUCAAAGAAUCUAUUGUUGUCUCAUGCAAGCAUUUCCACGUCGUGGCACGCGAAGUAUCCGCCGAGUUUACUGCUUCUACCGGUCGUGUUACGUACAUCACGUCUGCGUCCUAUUUGGAACUGAUCAAAUGUUUCCGUAACCUGACCAAGAAGCAUCAAACCGAAAUCAUGGAGAACAAAAUGCGUUACCUGGGAGGUUUGGAGAAACUGGACGCCGCUGCCGAUGCCGUUUCGGUGAUGCAAAAGGAACUGAACGCACUGCAACCCACGUUGAUCGUAAUGGCCGAACAGUCGCGCAAAAUGACGGCGGAGAUUGAGAAGGAGUCGAUCGAAGCUGCCGCGGCUACGGAGCAGGUGAAGAAGGACGAAAUCGUUGCGAACGUUCAGGCUGCCGAAGCGCAGGUGUUGAAAGCUGACUGCGAGAAAGAUCUUGCCGGGGCAAUCCCAAUUCUGGAAGAGGCUAUCCAAGCGUUGAACACGCUUAAGCCGAACGAUAUUACGCUGGUGAAGUCGAUGAAGAAUCCACCGGAAGUGGUCAAGCUGACGAUGGCCGCCGUGUGCGUGAUGAAGGGAAUACCGGCGGACAAAGUGACGGAUCAGGCCACCGGGAAGAAGAUGCUGGACUUUUGGGGUCCUAGCAAGCGAUUGCUGGGCGAUAUGGCUUUUCUGCAGACGUUGAAAGACUUCGACAAGGAUACAAUCAAUCCGGACAUUAUGAAGAAAAUCCGGAAGGAGUUCAUACCCCACAAGGACUUCCAGCCGCACAUCGUGGCGAAGGCGUCGAGCGCUGCGGAGGGUCUGUGCAAGUGGAUCAUUGCAAUGGAUUUGUACGAUGCCGUCGCGAAGAUUGUGGCUCCAAAGAAGGAGAAGCUCAAGCUAGCGGAGAAGGAGUACGCGGAAACGAUGGCUUUGCUGAACGAGAAACGCCAGCUGGCGGCCAAUCUGGAGCGACGAGUUGCGGAGUUGAACGAUGAUCUGGACGAGGCAAAUCGGAAGAAGCAGGAAGUUGAGGAGGAGGUUCAAAUGUGCAAAGAUAAGUUGCAGCGAGCGGAAACGUUGAUUGGAGGCUUGGGAGGGGAGAAGAGUCGCUGGACGGUUUCGGCGGAGAACCUGCAGCUUCUGUACGACAAUUUGGCUGGAGAUAUUUUGGUAUCGAGUGGUGUGAUUGCUUAUCUAGCUCCGCUGACGGCCACCUACCGUAACCGUUGCAUCGAGAAUUGGCACAGUUUCGUUCGUAAGAUCCAAAUUCCUUGCUCUGAAACGUACAGUUUGGUGAAUGUUUUGGGAUCGAAGAUCAAGAUACAGAACUGGAACAUCGCUGGACUGCCAACGGAUGCAUUCUCUACCGAGAACGGAAUCAUCAUGGAUAGCUCCAGUCGGUACAGCUUGUUUAUUGAUCCGCAGUUCCAGGCGAAUAAGUGGAUUCGCAACAUGGAGAGGAACAACCACCUGCAAAUUUUCAAGUUCUCCCAAUCGGACUACAUGAAGCGACUGGAGUCGUGCAUCGAGCACGGCUACCCAGCGUUGAUCGAAAACGUGUUUGAAGAUUUGGAAGCUCCGCUGGAUCCGUUGCUGAACAGAAAUACCUUCUUCCAAGGCGGAACGGAGUACCUCAGCUUGGGAGACAACGUGAUUCCGAUUUCGCCUAAGUUCCGGCUCUAUCUAACAUCCGGGCUGAGAAACCCGCACUACCUGCCGGAAGUGUUCAACAAGGUAACGAUCAUUAACUUUGCGCUGACCAUCCAGGGACUGGAAGACCAGCUGCUGGGGAUUGUGGUUGCCAAAGAGCGACCCGACCUGCAGGAGAUUCGUCAGAGUUUGAUCCUGCAAGGGGCGAAAAACGUUUCGAUGCUCAAGGAGGUCGAAGACAAGAUAUUGAAGACGCUGUCUGAGAGCAAGGGGGAUAUUUUGGAAGACGAAAGUGCGAUAAAAAUUCUGGAUGAUUCGAAGCGUAUUUCGAUCGAAAUUGUGCAGAAGCAGGAGGACUCCAAGGAAAUCGAAGCAAAGAUUGAGGCGUUCAGACAAAGCUAUCGUCCAGUCGCUGCUCACUCUUCGACGCUGUAUUACUGCAUUACGGAGCUGCCGAACAUUGAUCCGAUGUAUCAGUUCUCGCUGAAUUGGUUCAUCAAUCUUUACAUUUAUUCGAUCGAGAAUGCAAACAGGACGAAGGAUUUGACGCGACGGUUGAAGUUCCUGAUGGAUGCCGUCACGUUGAAUUUGUACAAUAACGUGUGUCGGAGUUUGUUUGAAAAGGACAAGCUUCUGUUUUCGUUUGUUUUGACGACAAAGAUCAUGAUAUCGUGUGGUCAGAUUGACCAGAAGCAGUUCCAGUUCCUGCUGACGGGAGGUGAGAAGACUGCGAUUGACAGGCCGAAUCCGGACAAGUCCUGGAUCACUGAGAAGUUGUGGGGUGACAUCAACCGGCUGGAACAGUUGGCCGAGUUUACCGGAUUUGUGGACGGCUUCCUGAAGAGCAGGGACGCAUGGAAACACUACUACGAUGUUGAAGAUACCCACGUGGAGAAGUUGCCGAGUCCUUGGCAGGAGAAGACCAACCGGUUCGAGAAGCUGAUCAUUCUGUGCACAUUUAGACCUGACAAGGCAGUUCUUGCGAUAACGGAAUUUGUUGCUUCCGAGAUGGGUCAGGCUUACGUACUUCCUCCACCAUUUGACAUUGCGAGAUCCUACGAAGACUCCAACUGUUUGACACCGCUGAUCUUUAUUCUUUCACCGGGCGCUGACCCGAUGAACGCGCUGCUGCUGUUUGCCGAAAAGAUGGGCUUCGACGAAACGUUCCAAUCGAUUUCGCUGGGUCAAGGUCAGGGACCGAUCGCGCAGAAGAUCAUCGAACGAGCCCAAGCGGAAGGAACCUGGGUGUGCUUGCAAAACUGUCACUUGGCUGCUUCUUGGAUGCCAACGCUGGAAUAUCUGUGGGAAAACAUGGACCUUUUCAACACGAUCUCGUCGUUCCGACUGUGGCUAACGAGCUACCCUUCGGAGCAGUUCCCAGGCAGCAUUCUGCAGAACGGAAUCAAGAUGACCAACGAACCACCGACGGGACUGCAGCAGAACUUGCUGCGCUCGUACAAGUCGGAACCGAUGAACGACGAUGCGUUCUACACGGGAUGCGCCGGGAAAGAUCGCGCGUUUUCGAAGCUACUGUACGGCAUCUGUUUCUUCCAUGCUGUGGUUCAGGAACGUCGAAAGUUUGGACCUCUUGGGUGGAACAUACAGUACGGGUUUAACGAGUCCGACUUUCAAAUAUCCGUCCUCCAGUUGCAGCUGUUUCUCAACCAGUACGACAGCAUUCCGUACAAGGCGAUCUCCUAUCUGACCGGGGAGUGCAACUACGGAGGUCGCGUGACGGAUGCUUGGGAUCGGCGCGCGAUCGUGACCAUUUUGGCGGACUACGUCAACGAUCGGGUUGUGAACGAUCCCAACUAUCGCUUCUCGAAUCAGGGCGAUUGCUACGGGAUUCCGCUGCGCAACGAACACCGCGAGUACGUGGCGCACAUCCGGAAUAACGUGCCGAACUUUCCCAGUCCGGCCGUUUACGGGCUGCAUCCGAACGCUGGGAUUACGAGGGAUUUGAACGCGUCGAAGGUUUUGCUGGAGUCGAUGAUGAUGACCCAAGGGGGGUCGUCGGAGACGAGCGAUGCCGACAAGGAGAAGCAAAUCUUGGCGGUUGUGGAUGACAUUUACAGUCGGUUGCCGCCGGAUUUCGACGUGGAGGUGGUCAAGGCAAAGUACCCGGUGGACUACAACGAAUCGAUGAACACGGUGCUGGUGCAGGAGAUGGAACGGUUCAACAAUCUGCUGCAGGAGAUUCGGUCGAGCUGUGUGAAUCUGAAGAAGGGAAUUGCGGGGCUGGUGGUGUUGACGCCCGAGCUGGAGGCGGUGUUCAACGCGAUUGGGUACAAGAAGAUUCCGGACCGCUGGAUGAAGAAGUCCUAUCCAAGCUUGAAGCCGAUCGGGGCGUACAUCAACGACUUUUUGGAGCGGUUGGCGUUUUUGGAGUCGUGGUACCAGCUGGGGAAGCCGAACGUGUUUUGGAUCUCUGGGUUUUACUUUACGCAGGCGUUCUUGACUGCGGCGAUGCAGAACUACGCGCGGAAGUAUCGGAUUCCGAUUGAUAUUCUGACGUUUGACUUUAACGUGCUGAGGAUUUCGAGCGUCAACAAUAUGCCGGAAGAUGGCGUCUACAUUCACGGACUGUUUUUGGAGGGAGCCAAAUGGAAUCUGCGGGGAAGCUACCUCGAGGAGCAACUGCCGAAAAUGUUGGCCGAUGUAAUGCCCAUCAUUCAUUUAAGUCCCGUCAAAACGGCCGACCUGGACGAAGGGACGCGCUACAAGUGUCCGGUGUACAAAACGGCCGAACGCAAGGGAACCCUCUCGACGACGGGACAUUCCACCAACUACGUCAUACCGAUUCUGCUCGGGACUCGGCUCAACAGUGCGCACUGGGUGAAGCGAAGCGUGGCGCUGCUGUGCCAAACGUCGGAGUGAAUGUUUUGAUACUAUGAAUUUUGAACUGUUUUAACUAUAGAGUGCAAAUGCGUGACUUACUUUUGACUGAAUAUAGAGCACACAUACAUUUUGAA